AUGCCCAUCGACAUCAUCUCCACCGCCGUGUUCGACGGCCCGGAGGCCAUCCCUGGGUGGCUGGUUCUCCGAACCGUGGUCCCGGCGCUCGCCGGGCUCCUGGCCGUGAAGUGGUACUUCGGCGGCAACUCCAACCCCUGGAAACGCGAGUUGCACGGCAAGGUCUACAUCGUCACCGGCGGCACCGCGGGCUUGGGCGCCGCCACCGUGUACGAGCUAGCCACAAAAGGCGCGCAGGUCAUAUUGCUCUGCCGCGCGCUCGACGACCCGUUCACCGUGGACUUCAUCGACGACAUGCGCGAGAAGACCAACAACUUCAUGAUCUACGCGGAGCAGUGCGACCUCCUGCUGCUCCACUCGGUGCGGUUGUUUGCGACCAAGUGGCUCGACAACCAGCCGCCGCGGCGGCUCGACGGCGUGGUGUGCUGCGCGUCGGAAACCAUCCCCAAGGGCCGGCCGCGCCUGGUGUCCGUGGACGGCGUGGAGUUGCAGACGGCCGUCAACUACUUGCUGCACUUCCACUUGCUCACGCUCCUCCGCCCGGCGCUCCACGUGCAGCCGGCGGACCGGGACGUGCGGGUGGUGGUGGUCACGUGUGCGCUGCAGGCCAUGGGCCAGGUGGCCCCGGACGACUUGCUCUGGGAGCGGCGCGCGUACCCGGCGGGCCAGCCGUGGCUCGUGUACGGCACGUCCAAGCUCUUGGUGGGCAUGUUUGCGCGGCUGUUGCAGCGCGGCUUGAACGGCUACGAGCGGCCCGACAAGGCGCCGUGCAACGUGCGCGUGUGUGCGGUCAACCCCGGCUUGAUGCGGACGCCGGCCACGCGCCGCUUCUUGUCCAUGGGCUCCGUGUGGGGCCUCCUCGUCUACGUGCUCCUCUUCCCGGUGUGGUUUGUGUUCUUCAAGACCGCCUGGCAGGGCUGCCAGUCCGUGCUCUUUGCGCUCCUCUCGCCGGUCUUGGGCGCGCAGGACGGCGGCAACGUCAUCCAGGAGUGCCGCAUCGUCACCAAGGCCCGCCGCGAGUACUAUGACUACGAGCUCCAGGACGCUGUGUUCGCCGAGACCGAGCGCUUGAUCGCGCGCUUGGAGAAGCUGUCCGCGGCAGAGCGCAAGAAGCAGGAGAAGGCGCUGGGCCUUGACGCCGAGAAGGCGCGCCAGGCCGCCGCCAAGCAGCGCGACAUCCACGAGAAGCCGGACUCCGAGGCCGACUUGGCGUACAAGCUCAGCUUGAUGCGCAAGUCCAUGGCGCUCCCCAUGGGCGCGGACGCCCCGGGCUUGUUUGCCCACGACGGCCCCGCGGCUAAGGCCACGGGCUCUUCGGCGCGGGCGGCGGCCAAGCUGGCCAAGCUGGCCAGGCCCAAGUCAAAGUCGCGGAAGAGCUAG